AGAUAUGGAUGUAGAAUGACAUUGAAAAAUUGUUUUUGUCAUUUAGUGUAUGCUUAAAUAUGGCUACCGUUAUAGAAGGAGACUUUCCUGUCGCCGGUCUUUUGCCGAAAAAAGAAACAGGAGUUACAAAUUUUUUAAGCAAGUACCCCGAAUUUGAUGGUAGAGGAUGCAUUAUUGCGAUAUUUGAUUCUGGUGUUGAUCCAGGAGCGGCAGGAUUGCAAGUUACAAGUGACGGAAAGCCAAAAGUUAUAGGUCGAUUUGAUUGUAGUGGCGCUGGUGAUGUUGACACAUCAACAGUUGUAGAAGCUAAAGAUGGAAUUAUUACUGGACUGACUGGUCGUAAGUUAAAGAUUCCAACUUCAUGGAAAAAUCCUACAGGUUCUUAUCAUAUUGGUGUUAAAGCUGCUUCAGAUUUAUAUCCUGUGAAAGUUAAAGAACGAGUAGAAGCCGAUUAUAAAGAAAGGCUUUGGGAUCCACAUCAUAAAAAGGCUUUUGCUAAUGCUAUUAGAGAUCUUCAAGAAUAUGAAUCCAAAACAGGGCAAUCGGCAACUUUGGCACCUAUUGAAAAGCUUUACAAAGAAGAUUUGGAGACACGUUUGGAAUUGCUUAAUGGAAUGGAAAAGAAAUAUUCAGAUCUUGGCUGUGUUUAUGAUUGUGUACUUUAUCAUGAUGGUGAUAAAUGGAUAGCAUGCAUUGAUACAUCUGAACAAGGUGACUUAGGAUCUGGUGUCAUUCUUAGUGAAUAUUCCAUAACCAGAGAAUUUAAACCGCUGACUAAAGUUGAUCAAGUUAGUGUUAGUAUCAAUGUUCACGAUGAUGGAAAUACUUUAGAAAUUGUGGGCAUGUGCUCCAGUCAUGGCACUCAUGUGUCCUCUAUUGCUGCUGCGUAUUUUCCUGAUGAUCCUGAAAGAUGUGGUGUUGCUCCAGGUGCACAAAUUAUUUCGUUAACCAUUGGUGAUGCUCGUUUGGGUUCUAUGGAAACUGGUCAUUCUAUAGUUCGUGCCAUCAUAAAAGUAAUGGAACUCUGUCAGAAGGAACAAGGUGUUCAUAUUAUUAAUAUGAGUUAUGGGGAACACGCGCAUUUUUCAAAUUCUGGGCGUAUAGGUGAACUGAUGAAUGAGGUUGUUAAUAAGUAUGGUGUUAUAUGGGUUGCCUCUGCUGGAAAUCAUGGGCCUGCACUUUGCACUAUAGGGACUCCGCCGGACAUAAGCCAACCUUCACUUAUUAGUGUGGGAGCAUAUGUCACCCCUGAAAUGAUGGUUGCAGAAUAUGCUUUAAGAGAUAAAUUACCAGGAAUGCCAUACACUUGGACUUCUAGGGGGCCAACUAUAGAUGGUGAUAUUGGAGUUACAGUUUGUGCACCGGGGGGAGCUAUAACUUCAGUUCCUGCUUUUACACUUUCUCAAGCACAGUUGAUGAAUGGUACUAGUAUGGCUGCACCUCAUGUUAGUGGAUCUCUAGGUGUUAUUUUAUCAGGUGUAAUACAACAAAAUAUUCCCUAUUCUCCAUACAGUGUAAAACGAGCAUUAGAAAAUUCAGCAAUGUAUAUUAACUCGGCAGAUCCAUUUGCUCAAGGCUUUGGUUUACUUCAGGUUGAGAAAACAUUUGAUCAUAUUCGAAAUUAUCACAAAUGUGUAGAAAGAGAUGUUAGAUUUAAUGUUUCUUGCGGUCAUGGAGGUAAAGGCAUUCACAUCAGGCAGGGUCCUCAAGAAUCUUUUAAAGAUGUGCUUGUUACUGUUGAGCCUUUCUUUAAAGAUGAAAAAAACAUAGAUGCUAAUAGGAAAAUAAACUUUGGCAUGCGGCUCACAUUAAUAUCAGAUGCGACAUGGGUGUCGUGUGCAUCAUACUUAGAUUUGUGUAAUUUAUCUAGGGCAUUUACUGUGCGCAUAGAUGGCUCUAAGUUGCAACCAGGUGUUUAUAAUUCUACAAUCAAAGCUUAUGAUACGGCUUGUAUUGAAAAGGGUCACAUUUUCCACAUUAAUAUAACAUUAGUACAGCCACAUGUGUUUCCCGAAAAAGAAGUUAAUUAUCAACUUGCAUGGAAGGAUCAAUUCUUUCCCUCAAAUUCAUUAAAAAGGCAUUUUGUUUUAGUUCCUGAACUAGCAACAUAUGCAAUACUGAAAAUGCAAUCAAUAUCUGACAUAAAGGGGAGAUUUGUAGUUCAUUGUAUGCAAAUACGUCCCCAACAAAGUUGCAAAACAUUAGAAUUUCAAAAAAUGUUCCAUGUGAAUCCAAAUGGAGAAUAUAUUUUAUCAUUUCCAUGCAAGGCAGGGUUGAUUUUGGAACUCGUAAUUUCAAAAUAUUGGACGCAUUCCGAUGAUCUACCAAUGAAUUACUCUCUAGAAUUUCAUGGUAUUUCACCUAAUGGGUCAAAUUUUACAAUGCAUGGUGCUGAUGGUUUAUUCCCAAUAGAAGUAAGAUCCUUGCUUGCAGAAGACAUGGUUCCAUCUAUUUCACUAAAAACUGCAGUACAAGUAAUAAGGCCUAAUGCCGAUUGUAAAGUGCUGCCACUGAGCAAUAGACUUGUUAUACCUCGAGGUCGACAAAUAUUUGAAUUAAUUUUAACUUACAAUUUCCACAUAUAUAAAAAUUUGGAUGUCUCUCCUAAUUUUCCUUUGUUAUGUGAUCAGCUUUAUGAAUCUGAAUUUGAGUCACAAAUGUGGAUGUUGUUUGACUGCAACAAGCAAUUAAUGGCAACAGGGGAUGCAUAUCCAUCUAAGUAUAAUGUAAAACUGGAUAAGGGAGAUUAUGUUUUACGAUUAAGUGUUCGUCAUGAUAAGAAAGAUCUUUUGGAUAAAUUAAUUGAUGCUCCCAUUUUAUUGCAUCAUAAACUAGCUACUCCAAUUGCAUUGGAUGUGUAUCCCAAUCAAACUCAAGCUAUCACUGCAGGAAAAAAAUUAGUAUCAAUUCAAAUGGAACGUAACUGCACAAAAGUACUUUAUGUUGCUCCACCGAGCCAUGAGAAAGUGACCAAAAAUUUGCCUGUUGGACAAUAUAUGCUCGGAACCGCUACUUUCACCAAAGAUGAUUUAGGAAAGAAGGUUGAUAUAUAUAGCUUUAAAUAUAUUUUACCAGAGGCACCUAAGAAGAAUGGUUCGAAGCAAGAUAAAGAUAAAACCAAGUGGGAAGAAUAUUGUGACGCUGUACGUGAUACUAAGACCUUAUGGUUAGGAAAAUUAGAAGCUGGAGAUGAUGCCAACAAGUUGUAUGCAGACCUCUGCUCUGUGUACCCGGAUCACCUACAAAUUCACACAGCCAUGUUGCAAUGUUUAGAACCAAAUGAACCUAAAAAAUUAUUACCAGUGCUACAUGCAAAUGAUACAGACAAUAAGGGUGAAAUUUGUUCCCUUGCCAAAAAUAUUUUAGAAGUAACAUCAGUAAUUUUGAAAGGUUUGGACCAAGAUAAACUUCUAACAUAUUAUGGAAUGAAAACAGAUACAAGGGCUGACGCCACUAAGGUUAAGGGAAUAAUGGAUAAAAAUAAAGCAAUUUUACUGGAAGCUUUGUGCAAGAGGGGAAUAGCUUUAUGUAGACUUUACAUGUACCAGCAAGAUUUUGAAGGCGAUGGAGAUAAUAAAGAAGGUGUUCGUGAGCAGAUCACCGCUGUAUGGGAUGAUAUAUUGAAAUUUACAGAUCCCACGGAUACUAAAAUAAUUUAUUUCUCUUUGUGGUAUGCUUCAAUGCACAAACAUUAUGGUCGAAUGCUUAAACUGUUAGGUAAAUUAUCAGAAGAAAAGCCAGUUAAAGAAAUUGAUGAAAAGAUAGCUGAAGUACAAAGUGAACUGAAAUGGCAUUAUGCAUCUCGGCAUGUUCUGAGAUCAUGUGCCAAUAAAUAUCCCCACGCGUAUAAACCAUUUUAAAUGUAAUAUUUUAUGUGUAUAAACUUAACCUAUAAUUUUCAUAAGUUUUAUAAAAGAACUGUAAAAAUAGUAUUAUCUACCUCUAA